AUGCUUCACUGGGAAAGCCGAUUCUCCAGCUUGAUUAGAGUCUAUUCCAUCUUCUCUUUAUCUUCUCUCAUGCUAAUAUCUGAAGGAACAGAGCAUAUAGUUGGCGACAGCAAUGGAUGGGAACUCUUUACAAACUAUACCACCUGGACACGGGGAAGAGAAUUUCAUGUCGGUGAUGUCUUAGUUUUCAACUACGACGGAGACCAGCACAAUGUAAUGCAAGUUAACUCUACAGCAUACGCAGAUUGUGGAAGAGACAAUUACACAUCUAUCUCCACCAAAGGCAAUGACACAAUACUCAUAUCCGAGGUUGGAGAGCUCUGGUUCAUCUGCGGAGUGGGUGAUCACUGUGAGAAUGGCCAGAAGCUCAAAAUUAACGUAGCUCCUUGA